AUGUUUUGUCUUCUUCCUCACAGGUCGCUGCCUGGACGCAUAGUGGGUGGAGCCUGGUGGUUCUUCACGCUCAUCAUUAUCAGUUCUUAUACCGCCAACUUGGCGGCCUACCUUACAGUCGAGCGAAUGACAAGUCCCAUCGAAUCCUACGAGGAUCUCGCACGUCAAACCAAGGUGAAGUAUGGGGUCAUCAAGUUGGGUUCAUCGAAGGAAUUCUUUGAGAAGUCUAACAUGAAGAUAUUCCAGAAGAUGUGGAAAUUCAUGGAAUCGAACCCCGACGUGUUGGUGGACAGUGUGAGCGAUGGCGUAAAUAGAGUUCGUCAGUCGAAUCGCGACUACGCUUUUCUGCUGGAAUCAACCAUGAAUGAGUACUUCAACCAACGACAACCCUGUAACACUGUUAAGGUUGGCCCCAAUCUUGAGAGUGGAAAGGGUUACGGUGUUGCUACCCCACCCGGAUCAGAUCUGCGUGACCAGAUCAAUCUUGCGGUACUCCAGUUAAAGGAAAUGGACUGGAUCGCCUCCUUGUAUCGCUUCUGGUGGGAGGAGAGGGGAGAAUGUGGAAAAAUGAGCAAAUCGAAGGAUGUGAGUUACAUAAAUUUUGAAGAUUUGGAGGUGAUUUUGCCAGUGGCCAUUUAUGGCAUGCCAAACCCUUAUGUAACUUCUGUUAUUAUUUGCCAGGGAUCCCUAACAGCCAAUUCUCUGGGCCUGGACAACGUUUAUGGCCUUUUUUAUCUCCUCGCUGGGGCUCUCGUAACUGGCAUCGUUUUGUCAGUUUUUGAAUUUAUUUACCGUUGCGCUGUCGAUGCCAAGCGUGCAAAGGUAACUGCAUAUAAUAUUUUCUUCCUUCGUUAA